AGUAGUUGAGGCUCGUUAUUGAAAUUGUCGUGCUGUGAGUCUAGUGCAACUGCAAGUGCAACGCCGAUCUCGGCUGCAAACAUGCAGCGGAAUUUUAACCCGCCGCUGCGAGGGCGAUCGGUCGGCGCAGCACUACCGCCCAACAAUGCGCCGCGGCCGACUGGAGCAGUGAUGAUAUGGCCUGGUCACGGGUCGCGCCCUCAUCUUUUGCAUAAAAAUCCGCUCUGCAUCUUCAAGGAAUUCGCAUGAUUUUUGCCAUGCAACGGUGCAGAGGCGGGAAAAAUAAAAAUCGAGGUCCGGCGAAAUAGAGCCUUAGCACGCCAAAGGCUACAAGAGGAUGAGUUUUCAGUCUCAGAAAUCUAUAUUCUUGCUCGCUCGAGCUUCGAGAAGCGUCUAUGCUCAUGCAGACCUAAAUGUCAUGACGUCACAGGAGAGUUUGGGUGAAUAAAAAACACUGCAGUGCAAAAGCAUGAAAAGGUUGAGGGCGCGACCGCUGAGCAGCUCAUAAGCACAACAACACCGUGUAGAUGCACACCAGAUUGAGCAGGGGGUGCACAUGCAGCACACCAGAGACGCGAAUAUUAGAGCGGGGCAUGAACACGUCAGGCAUCCGCGACAGCUGGGCGCGAAGUAGUGAAUAAAAAAAGCACUUGGGCCUAUUAUCGUAGGGCGCAUAAGCAGCUUACGGCGAGCUUUUAGUUUUAUCCGCGCGUGCAGCGGCGCUAAACGGGCGCAGAAGGAGGGUAGAGGCAAAGAAGGCGCCAGCCACGUACUUAGUGGGUCCGGGGAGAGGGUGCAGAGGGUCCGAGGGGGUCCACAGUAUAGCUGGGCCCUCUGUGGGACCAUCUGUCGCGACCCUCUCCGGGAAGCUCUAUGUGGUUUCUCGGAGGACCCUCCCAUGACUUCUCCUGCCCCCCCCCGGCCCUCUUUCGGAUCCUCUCCGGGCCCUGUCCCGGACCGUCUCCCAGACCCCCUCCUGGAGCCCCUCCCGGAGCGGCGCCUGUCUGCUGGCGGGCGGUCUUGCUUCAACGGGGGUCGGCAGUUCUGAAAAAAAUUCAACUUCGGGUCAAUUUGGCUGCCCAAAGUGGCCGCGCCGUUCUGCGCCCCGCGGAGGGGGUGGGUGCGGCGCAGUGCCUUACAGUGGGCGGCCGCUUGAGGGUGCCGCGCUCAACUUCCAACAACGCCCGCGCACGCGCGGGCAACAGGGGCGGGGACGUUUCUUUAAAAGGAACACGGCCAAACCUGCGUCCACAUUCUGGUGGGCCCCCCCCAAGAAGCGACACCAUGGCCCUUGCUCUUCUUGGGUGCGCAUUCUUGUUCGUGCAUCUGCAAAAAGCAGCCUCCUUCCUUUGGCGUGAUGGCGGGGCCGCACUACAGGGCACCCUUCCCUUCGCGGCACCAGGCCGGCGGCCAAGCUAAUUGUCCGGGGCCCCCUUUCAUGGAGAAGAAGGCCGGUGCGGCGGCUGUGCAUCUGCGCGCGCCAUCCGGGCGAAGGGCGCAGCAAAGAAGAAUUUCUUCUUUUGCUGCGCCGGGGAUUCGACGUAGCGAGUCGGUCGGUGGUGCCGCUUUCCCCACCGGAAUCCUCCACCAAGCAGCCCACCCCCCGGCGGCCGCCGCCGGGGGGUGGCUGGUGGAGUAAAAUACCGUGGCGCAGAAGUUACUAUCGAACACCGAACAGACUGUGGCUUCGGAGCUGACACUACGAAGCCACGCCACUGGUUCGUGGUCGAAGUGCAGUUUUUUUGUUCGCUAUAAUCGCCUCCAGCAGAUAAAUCGCCGAAACGGGUAUGACAACGUCCAGACAAUGGCCGACUUAAACGCCAGGCCGGUACCCCGCAACAUACAGCCCCAAGAGAUCCCGCGUAAGCGUAACGAUCGUGUUAUGCAAUGCAAAUAUGUCCGGGUCUGGAACGGUGCAACUUGUCAUGCUGCAGUUGAAUCUGGCAAAAAUCUGUGUUGCGUGCGCGGCUAAUUUUACAUCCACCUCGCCCCGCGCAAAGUUCCCAUUUCUCAUGCGGAAUAGGCAUUAACCAGCUUCUGCGCACUCUGUGAUGCUUCUGGAUGCAUUCCAGAGGACCAUCUUGGUCUCUGUGUUGCACGAGAUGCAAGACAAAUUUUGCGCUCUCCAAACGAACCCAGACAUACUUGCACUGGAUGCAGGAUCAUGAUCGACAGCAACUACACCAGGCCUACCACGACGACGACGACCAGAUCUAUCAAAUGCAAAUAUGACAGGUCUGGAGGAAUGAAAGCUUGUCAUGCUAAGGCUCAAUCGCGGAAAAAUCUGUGUUGCACGAACGCCGGGAGUUGCCCGGUUCUUGUUGUCAUGUGGAAUAGACAUGUCACAGGCGUCGCUAACUAUGUGAUGCUUUUCUGUGCAUGCCAGGCUGCGGGUGCGUGUGUGGUCCGACGUGAGAUGCAUGAGAAAUCUCGCAUCCUUCCAGACCCAGACAUAUUUGCAAUGCAUAACUUCGAAGGCCGAGGCCGGGCAAUAUCAAAGUGAAAAAUCCCCCCCUCCCCAUUUUCGCAAGGAAGCUUCUGAUGCUGGAUUUGCGUACACGAAUAAGCUCUGCCUUGGUUCCACAAUCGGGCGACAUCCUCUGAACUUUUCUUCUUGCAGGACGCGACAAUCAAUUAUUUGUGGUCACAAAUCAGCAUCACAAAUUUCCCUUUCGAGUAUGGGCAGGGGGCCCCUUCUCACAGAAUAGCCGCGAGAACAGCAACUAGCAGUCGCAGAACAGCAACGUCGAGCGCGAAAGCAAUCGUGUCCCAUGCGCAUCCGGCUGAUGAUCGUAUCAAAUGCAAAUAUGUCUGGGCCUGCAAGAAAGCAAUACUUGUCAUGCAGAAUUUCCAUGCCUCCCGCGGUCUGGAAUGCAGCACCUAGCAUGGCAGGUUCUGCGAGGUCUCUAAACCCUAUCAUGCCUAUCCUGCACUUUCUCUCAUUAUGAGAUGGUCUCAACGAUUAUGCUUUUAAAAAUUCAAAAAAAUCUUUAUUAAGAAAGCAAAUAGCAACAAUUAGCCGCCGAAGCCGCCGCUGUUUUCGCGCCGUUUGUGACGUCGUUUGCCGCCGUCUUCACAAGCCGUCGUAUGAGGUUGUUAAAUAAGUAGUUCUAAAUGAGAUCCCAAUUUGAACUAGCUAGUUUAGGUAAUAGACAUUCUCAUUGCCAUGAGCAGCUUGAACCCACUCAGCUAAGGUGUUUGGCCGGCCAGAUCGACACGGCUUCCAAGGUUGACGGGCCCGAACUUCGUCUGGGGCCCCGUCCGGGGCUCCGAGCAACAUUCCGGUGGAGCAUCCAAGGUAGUCGGCAGCUUCGGAUCGCAGGAGAGGAGAGAGCUGGCGGCACCUCAAUGCAAAUCUUCAAAUAGCUACUUUCUAAGAUGCAUAUUAGCUAGUUCAAAUUGGGAUCUCAACAUUUAGAACUACUUAUUUAUCACAUUCAUAAUCUGCCAAGUGGCGACGCGCGGAAGCUGUGGACAACGGAGCACCAAAACGGAGUCGAUUCAGGAUGGAUAUGUGCCUAUUUGCUGUCUUAAAAAAGAUUUUUUUGAAUUAUUGAAAUCAUAAUCGUUGAGACCAUCUCAUACUCAUGUUGGUUGAAAAAAGCACAAGAACCUUCGGUGAUUGCGCAAGACACAUUUUUUGUGAUCCACAAGACGCAUGAUCACAGGUUCCAUCCUUCCGGACCCAGACAUAUUUGCAAUGUAUACGUCGACGAACUGCAGCCAAGUGCAGAAGAGCGGAGGAUCGAAGCAGAACUGCAGAAACUGUACGACGAGCGUCGCCAGGCAGUAUCUUACUGAAAACGGUCCCUACCGCUUCGUCGCUGCGAUAAGAGUGUCGGAGCCCAAAACGUAUGGAUUGCAAAUAUGUAGUAGUCCGGGUCUUGAAGUGGAGAAUUUGUAAUGCUGGUCUUCCAUUGCCGCAAAAACAGCACCGUUGGGUUUACCCCUUUGCAUCGGCAGAGCAUGAUGCGCACCCCCCCUAAAACAGCUAGCCUAGUUUACGUAGGUAAAUUGCCAAUUAUAGUCCGGCUCCCGGAGGUCAGGGCCAUCUACGUACCUUUCAUGAUGCUUGGCUGUAUCUAUCCGGAAGUGGCUGUACACGUCGGCAUCGCAACUUUCCAGACCCAGGCAGCUGCAUUACUUCAAUGCGAUAAAACGCCUCAUCGUGAGGCGCGAGGAGUGAAUCACUUCUUGGCAACUUUUGACUGCGAAGACCGAGAUUGCAGAAAAACACGUACUCGGCGUUAUCCUCGUGCGAAAAGAAAGAAAUUUGUCUCAAUUUUGCAUCUACCGAAACACAUACGUUUGGAAAUUGGUUGUUUUCUGCCACUUCGUUGUGAGGCCACGACAUUCGCUGCUAGGCACUGACUACAACACCAGGUCGUAUGGACAAUUUUCAGUGUGAUCCAAAUAUUCGUACAAAAAAGCACACCCAUCUAAGAAAAAAAUAAAUUUGUCACGCGUCAACAACGAGAAAAGCAAUUCCCUUUCACACAGCACAACGCAGUUCGCAAUUCGUUUUCGGCACCCGAGGCCCACCAAGAGGGAUUGUCAUGCAUUUUCGGUUACGUUUUUUCCGGCAGUACAUCCCCCCGCAACACAAAUUUGUUUUCAUUCUGGUUUGGGUACAUUUUUCCGUAGAAUACCGACACAGAAGCGCUGGCACAAAGGAAGAAAGAUGCGGUGGCGCAUACCGAAAAAGCGUCGGCGCAUACCGAAAAAGCGUUGGAUUCUUUGAAGCAGUAUCCUAAGGAAAAACGUCCCCAACUACACACAAAACGUGGCCACGUAGGAUAUAAAUGCAUUACAUACUUCUCUCCCGCCUUCAUCGUCGUUUCGUGUUCCUUUGAUUUUGAAAAGUUUGAAGCUUUUCUGCGCCAGUUUACAAAAAUUUUCAUUUGCAUUUGGUUAUUCCCAGUACACAAUCAAAGCACUCCAAAAAAACCAAAAAGAUGCUAUGCUGGGUAUUUUGCUAUACAAGUCUCCAAAUUUCGCGGCCACCUCCGUCACCACCACAAAAAAACGACCAUAGAAAUGCCACGCAGGCCCCCAGACUUCGCGCGCCACGCAGGACAGACUUGGCUUCGCAGGGUAGUCGUGCUCAGCAGGUGCAGCACUACAAAAAUUGCCCACCUGGCCUGCUGAUCCUGGUUCCAGCAUGACAAGUUCCAAACCACCAAUACCAAGUAUAGUCGCCGUGGCGGGGCUAGUGAGGUCGGUGGCGCUUUUCCCACCGCCCUGGCUGCGGCCCGAUAGUGAGCCUGCUUUUUUUGGGCUCGCUCGUCGAACCGCUGUAAGCAACGUUACGCCGCACGGAAUUGCGGCCACGUGAAAAGCGUCACAUUUUGGCACAUUUGCAAAAUGCCUCUCGGCAAGCCAGCCCCGGGGCUUUUCUGCCGAUCCGGGCGCCGCGGGGGGCGGCUAAAAAGCGAAGAAAAGCCGGCCACAUUGCAUUUCUUUUUUUUUGCGCCUGCGCCUUUCGCAAAGCUUCCGCCGCUUAGAAACCGCCGAAAAGACGGCCACCUUCGCGGCCGCCCAAAAUGCUCUGAGUUCGAGGGCGUGCCAGGCGGCUUCGUUGUUUUGGCUUUGGGCGCGUUUUUUUUGGGCGCCCUUUUGGGCACCCGAAAUCGCCAGAACACCACGGGGCGGGUGGCUAAGAAGGGCCCCCCUCCUGCUGGCUCCCCUGCGUCGUUUUAUCAAGCGGCGACCGAUAUAGUCCGCCGGCAAUUCGUUGCCAGAAAAGCGAAACAGGCUGGCGCGCUUUGGUUCUUUUCACGCAAAAAAACUCGCUACAGACUUGAAAACCGCCGGCCGUUUUUGGCGGUUAUUGUCAAGAAAACUGCCAGGCGAAGGCGUUCUGCGGCCUUGCUACAUAUAGGCUAGCCCUCCUGAUGUUGCGCACGGGAAGCGUUGUUCCUGUGCCAGUGAUGACAAGCGUAGCACAGGGACGUUUUUCCACAGGAUCCACAGCAAGACAACAUCCUGGCAUCGACUAGGGAAAUAGAUGUCGAAAUAGACAAGAAGACUAUUAUGCAAAUGUGACUGUCAAGACAGUAGCAUCGCUUACACACCACAUCAUGCAGAGUCAUUUUUAGAGGACAGCUGUGUUGUGAUCUUUGCAGAAGCAGAAACACCAGUGUUUCAACAGGCGUACUCGGUGCUACAAGUUGGAUUUCUCUGCUUGUCAUGCAUAAGGAAGGAACACGACAGGGAAGUGCAGGUGCGCGAAGCAAAACGUGAUAAAAUUCUGCAGGACAAGGAGAAGGAAAUCAACAUGAUGAUACACGACCUGCAACUAUCCAUUGCAAAUGCGUCUGGGUCUGGUACGUGCAAACUUGUCCUGCUGAGUCCGACUUUGCAUAAAUAGCAAAUGUAUACCCGGUUACUGCGACGCAAAGAGCGAAGUUCCCAUCGGGAGUAGGCAUUAAGAAGAUCUUGCCGCGCAAUCUGUAAUGCUUCUGGGUGCAUUCCAGACGAUUGUUCGUUUUUGUGCUCCGCGACGGGAUGCAUGACAAACCUGGCAUCCUUUCAAGCCCAGAUCGAUACUUGCAAUGCAUAAAAACAACAGCGCGACACGUUAAUGUACGACUCGUCCAUCGCACCGACUAUGGCGACGCAAACUAUUUCAGCUCAAAUCUAAUAUUUCAAAUUUCGUUUCACAAACUCAAGUAGGUAUUUCCAAACAAUUGCUAUUUCAGGCAGUUUCCAAACAAUAGCUUAUUUCAUAUAGACGUAGUUAACACUGGGGUAGCGAACUUUGGAACAGUUUUGAAUUGAAAUAGUUUGCGUCGCCAUACUAUCAAAUGUAAAAGUGUCUGGGUCUGGAAGAUUAAAAACUUGUCAUGCUAAAUCUGAAUGAUGCAAAAAUCUGUGUUGCGUGAGUGCCCAAAGCUGUCCGCCUUUGACCAAGUUGAGAGGGAGUUUCUCAUGCAGGAAAGGCAUGAUAGAGACCUCAAAGAAUCUGUCAUGCUGGGUCUCGCAUUCCACACCUCAUGCGUCAUGGAAAACCUGCAUCACAAAUCUUGCAUUCUUCCAGACAAAGACAUUUUUACAGUUGAUACCUACCGACAGCCAGAGGCGUACUCGGCUACGUGUACAUAUCGCGAGGAAAAAAACCCCCUCCCCACAUGAAAGGGAGGCUUCUGAUGCUGGAUUUGCGUACACAAAUCAGACUUGUCGUGCAGAAGGUGCUGGGCGGCAGAAGUCAGAUCGUGUCGAAAGCGCAUGACAGACUCACUGUGGCAUGCGCCACAUGGAUCCCAGUAACCUAUACGCAAGACAAACGAGAUUUUGGACCACAAAUCAGCAUCACAAAUUUCCACUUUGACAUUGGGAGGGGGGAUUUAUUUUCUUCUCGAUAUUACAACGAGGAAGUUUUCAUGCCGGAAUCCUCGCCAUGGACGCCACAUCUCCUUCAGUUUUUCGCACCCUGUUGAAGAACGUGCCCAUCCCUAGACUGUCAUGCGGGUUUGCAAAAAUGACAGGAACAUUUGUGAUGCGCAUUCCAAUGACAGACAUGAUUUUUCGUCGAGUUUUGGAAUUUGUAAUGCUGUAGACAGGUACUAAAAAGCUGAAGGAUUCGGAUAUGCGGUUGUCCUUCUUCUCGCUAGCAGCACGCAGCAUCUUCACAAUGCAGAGAAACACUUGCUAGGCGUGACUCCCAAAAGUUCUUGGUUUGUUCUUGCAACAUCUUCGUCCUAAAUCUGGGCAGGUGGGGACGUUUUUACAUAGGAUAUUUCGGUUCACAACAAAAGGUCGUGCGUCCUGCGUUUCAAAACCUGGACAUAUCCAAGAAAAAAACUGUGUUAGUGGAGGUGUCUUCGGGUGACAGCAUGAGAAAUUUAUUGUUCUGCAUGACAGAAAAAUCUGUCACGCACAGCUAGGAAGUGAAAACACGUAUGAAAAGAGGGCAUUGUGGAUGGCCAGCAUGACAAGCGUAACUGUAGUAUGGUGUGCUUUGCAUUACAGACUUCAGCUUACACAUCUUUUUUCUCGCAUAGGACACACAAACGAUCCACUAUUACGAAGACGAACCGGUAAUCGUGAAGGCGCCUACCUCGUAUCCUGAAUAAAAACGUCUCUGCCCCAUAUUCAAGUCGGAAAACCAGCUAGACAAGUCAAGCAGCUUUGGUUGUUUCGCAUGACAAGUUUGUUCGCGUAGUGUACUCCUGUUUAGCUUGCUCAGCAGCAAUUUCACAGACCUAGCAUGUCAUGCUGAUUGAAGUAUCACAAACUCCAAAACACGACAAAAAAUGCUUCGCAUGGGGCUCCGCAUGAGGAACUUUUCUGGCAUGCGGAUUUGCAUGACAACUCUGGGGUGGGGACGUUUUUACUCAGAAUAGCGAACUGACGGAGCGUAUCAGAGAGGAAAAGAAAGAACGAGGAUACUUUGUCACCCCUGCUGUGUUAUCAAAUGCAAAAAUGUCUGGGUCUGGAAGAUUCCGAGACGUGUCAUGCAGAUUUUCCAUGAUCCAUGUUGUCUGGAAUGCAGGGCCUAGCAUGACAGAUUCUGUGAGAUCCCUAUCAUGCCUAUCCUGCAUGAGAAACUUCCUCUCGACUAGUUCAAAAGUGCGCAACUUUUGGCAAUCAUGCAACACAGUUUUUUGCUUGAUUCAGAUUUAGCAUGACAAGUAGCAUUCUUCCAGACCCAGACAUUUUUGCAUUUGAUAUGUGUAGGAAGUUGGCAAUUUUUCGUGCAUACAACUCGUGUGCACAACGAAAAGGGGGCGCCAGAGUGCGCCAUGGGUUCCAGAGUGCGAACGCUGUUGCCCGCAUUUCGUGUCAUGCAAAAGUUUCAGGAGUCGCGCAUCAGUAGCUGGCACGAAACAAACAAUAUCAUGUAAGUGGCAAACAAACAAUUUAGAUUUAGAUGCGGUAUUUUGAAGAUUAUCCGGCCUCUCUUUUCCGGAUGAUAAACGAAAAGGAAUACAUCCAGAAUUCGGGCAUCAACAUCACCAAGGAACUGCUGCAUGACGUAAACUAUCUACGCAUUGUAAAUAUGUCUGGGCCUGGAAGAGUUGCAAUUUGUGAUGCAGCAAACUCUGGAACCUACAAACAUGUGUGUUGCAUGAGCAGCAAAUAAAGCUGCUUUCAUUUCUUGCAACGCAUAAAAAAAAAGUAACGAGCUUCUAUAGUAUGUGGAACAGGCGUCUAGAGGCGUGCACAAAAAAUGUAGGGCUUUUGCGAGCGUUAGGUACCAUUGGAGUGCUCCUCCAAAAGAACCGUAGCGAACAACUGCAUUCUUCCAGACCCAGACAUGUUUGCAGUGUAUAGUAUCCUACCCUAUGAAAAAUUCUACCCACCCCAGAGCUGUGACAGAUGAUCUUGCCCAUGCGCAGAAAAAGUGUCAUGCGGUUCUCCACGGAGGGCACCAUUUUGUACUGGUGCUCCACGUCAUCACUUUGCCAUAGUUUGAUCAGAGUAGCGAAACUUUAUUUGUCAUGCGGCUGCAAGAAGAUUGCAAACUUGUGAAGAUACCGAAGUGGGUUAGUUUUUCUGCAGGAUACGUUCGAUAACAGAUAAGGGCGAAAUCAGCAGAAGUUCUACGACCGUUCCUCCAAGCACCAUUCCAAUGGACGUCGACGAAAUGCCGACGUCGGUGCUCGGCACUCCAACGUACGCGAGCGGGGGUGGCAGUUCUCCUGACAACAUAGGUACUUCUUCGAUUUUGCUGCUUUUCGUGUCGUGGUUUCCGUCUAUUUAAAGGUUGUCUUAGUAGAAUACCUUCGUGUAAAACAGUGCAAUUUAUGAAAGUGAAAAAAGCACCCUCCCCCUUUCGAAAGAGCAUCACGAGGAAAUUUGUGUUGCGUAUUUGUGUAGGCAAAAGCCUCUGUAUUGCAUACUUGAGAAGCAAGCAGAGCGAAACGGCGCACUGAGCAGGCCAUCUGUGAUGCGUUUUAGUCUACAGCAGCAGCGUGUAUCAUGCAGAAAACCUACACUUUUAGAGGCCUAAACAGACGUAAUGCGCCUCUGCUUUGUUCUUACGAAAAAAGAGCCGAUGUGUGACCACAAAUCUGCAUCACAGAUUUCCGCUUUGAUAUGGGGAGGGGGGAUUUUUCUCUUUGAUACAACUGUCAAAAUCAGGUGAAACACGACAGCAAGGCGGGUACGCGUUGGAAAUAAGUAUGUCUACAGGGUCUGGAAACUUGUGAUGCGAGUUAGUGAAUAUGAAGCUCUCUGUAAUGCACCGCCUAGUACAAAGACAGGCUUUUUCAUCGCGCUGUGUAUGUGUUGCGUGAUCUGCAUGAGAAACUGCGUUUUUGCAUGACAGUCAAGAGGAACUUUUUGUAGCCACGUAACACAGAGGCCAGAGUCAUGCCAGACAUCCAUGACAAAGCUAAAGAUCUUCCCGACCCAGACAUAUUUGCAUUUGAUAACCCUGGCCACAUACCAACCGCGGAGGAAUUGAAGAUUGUCCGCAUGCUAUGCCGUGCAAAAGUAUCGCACUCAUGCUUGUCUUCGCUUUGUAGCAUGCUGGAAGAAACUUUUUCUAUACCGGGAUAAGCAUUACAGAUUUCAUUUUUCUUUCUGCAGAAACUCAAAAAAAAAAAAUGUAAUGCUUUUAUAAGGUAGAGCGUGUCUUGCGCUUUUGCACUGCACAUGUGCGCCGUCUGAUCGACACUAUCACGUGCAACUACCUCUGGUUCUGGAACAGUACUCGUGUUUGCCAUGCCAAUUUUUUCCUUUGCCCCACGGAUUCUGAUUCAUUGUCGAAUGCAUUAUGGCCGAGGAUUACAAACUUGCAAAAAACCACGGGCUCCGAAUGCCAUUGCAAAUUUGCGAAAACAUAGGCGAAGUGGAACUGUGCGCCAAAAAAAUGUGCAGCUGCCUUCAAUACACAUGAAGAAUCUUCCACCUACAGGGAGCAUCGCAAAUGCACUUUUCCAGACCCAGACAUAUUCCCGAUGAAUACUUAAUAGAUUUUGGACUUUCAAGAUCAAUGGGCUUGGCAAAUCCAAGGGGUUCUUCGUCGUGCUCAAGGGCAUCCCGGGGCUACACCGUAUCGAUUACGAAACCAAGGACCGCGAACGGUUGUCCCUCUACGGGUGCUAUCCACUGCAAAUAUGUCUGGGUCUGGAAGAAUGCAAGGCUGUCAUGCUUGUUUUGCCUGAGCUUCUACAUCUCCUUAACCCUCUGACGCAUAAGGAGAAAAAGAGCCUUAGCUGUCAUGCAAAAACGCAACUUGCAAUGCAGAAAACGCAACGCGUAGGAACUCAGGAAGGUGUCAUGCUUGGCUCCGUAGUGUAGCGCGCCUACAACCAUUGCCAAUUGAGACAUGUUUGCGUUGCAGAGAUGCACGUUUAGAAAGCAAUGGAGCAAACAGUUGCACCAGCAGCGGCAGGAACAGAGGAAACGGAAUGCAAAGAUCAACAAGAACAACAGCAGCGGAACAAUAACUACAAAUAGCCCACCAGCUGACGGGUGGGUAGAUGGGUGGGAUGAAGGCCAAUCCGUAGGAUACUGUAUGUACAGCAGGUGCAAGCGAAAUAGUCCGGUAAGCGAGAUGGAACAGCGGGACUUGACGAACCACAUCUGCGACAAGAAGUGGGUUCCGGUCAAGGAUUGCGAGUACGAGUAUAUGGACUCGCUCUACUUAUUACAGUGAAAAAUGCCCCCCACCCCCGAAGUUGUAAUAAUUUGUGAUGCGAAGUUUCCAAAUGAACGGCCUUUGUCAUGCAUGAAAGGAGUGUGAUUCUUUGUGAUGCAGAGUCUAGGCGUAUAUAGCAUUGAUUGCAUGACGCUCUUGCUGGGAUCUUUUGCAAUACAAAUUUUCGCUAUUCACGAUUGGAAUAAAUCUGUGAUGCUGAUAGAUGCAAGAGGGGGAGUGUAUCACUCUGAUAGGUUUGCAAUACAAAUGCCCCCAAGUUCGGGGGUGGGGGCAUUUUUCAUUGUAGUACCCCUAUCUCGUGCAGCAGCCGGACCCGAAGUAUGACUUCGUCACUAAGCGCUGAGAAAUCGUACUCCCCCCCCAUAGUGUAUACAAGCCAAGCAUCUCGCAAGGCCACGCAUGAGGAAUCAAUCUAGCUGAAAGUCCCAUGGCACCACUUCGAUUUCAGCAUUACAAAUUUGAUAGAGUUUCGACAAGCCAUAUACAAAAUGCGUGUGAUGAAAAGCCGACUGAGAAACCUCAUGCACAUGGCAGAUUUGCAUGACAAACCUGGAGUGGGUACGUUUUUACAAAUGAUAAGCGUAUCCGUCAACUGUCCUCUCGAAGAAAAUAUCAAAUGUAAAAAUGUCUGGGUCUGGAAGAAUACAAGAUUUGCGAUGCAGGUUUUCCAUGAUCCUUGAGGUCUGGAAUGCGAAACCCAGCAUGACAGAUUCAUGGAGGUCUCUAUCAUGCCUUUCCUGCAUGAGAAACUCCCUCUCAACUUGGUCAAAAGCAGACAGCUUUUGGCACCCACGCAACACAGAUUUUUGCAUCAUUCAGACCAGCCAUGCCCCGGCUCACGCCGGGUGGAGCGGCUGUUGUGGUGGGGCAGGACGAUUUGCGGAUCGGGCCACAGUGCCAAAGCUUUGCGCCCGGCGUGAUAGGUCGAAGGAAGUACUGGCGCCGGUUUGCGCCAUUUCAACCCGCUAGGCCUCCUGCGCGCUUCCCGCGCAUUGUUCAGGCGCUAUGCGCAGGCAGCAGUUGCAGCGAAGCUUGGGGGCGAAGCGAAGCCGCCUCGGCGUAGGUGCCUGUCGAGGCAGAACGGGGGCCGCGAUGCCCUUUUGUGAUCACACGCGAGAGGGUGGCCAGAGAGGGUGGCGCGACAGGGUGGCGCGAGAGGGUGCGUGAGAGGUUGGCGCGAGAGGGCGCGAGCCUACGUGACGAAAAAGGCCCAAAAAAUCGACCCUGUGCCGGGCGGAUUCGGGUUUUCUUAACCGCCUCGCAGACCCUCUUUUUCACCUCUGCCGAGGGGCGCGCCUAAUAGUCCGGCUAUACUCGCCGGUAGAGGUCUACAGAGGUGGCCGAGAGGUGGCCCAGAGGGUGCGCGAGAGGUUCGCCCUUAUUCGCGCAACCUCUCGGCACCUCUGUCCCCCUCUCGCUUACCCUCUCCCGACCCUCUCGGCCACCUCCGUCCCCCUUAGGCGCGGUUGUAGGGCGACCGGUUCGGCUGGCUAUACUCGCGCCACCUCUCGGCCACCCUCCCGAAUGACCUCCCGCGCCACCUCUCCACCUCUGCGGACCUCUUUUUGAUCUCUUUUCACCUCUUUUUGACCUCUCGGCCACCUCUCUUCUAUCCUCUGUAGACCUCUUUUUUCGCAUGAAUAUAAUAGAUAGUAUUUUGACAUGACAAGUUCUAAUCUUCCAGACCCAGACAUUUUUACAUUCGAUAGAAAAACGAUACGGACAAAUUUCGCGAGCGGAAUACGACGCGGCGAAAAAACACGACGGAAACGGUGCGGCGAGUCUCGACGAGUGGUUCGUGUGCGAUCAUCUGUGCCCUUUAUCGUAGAAAAAAGAACACCACUCCAGUACCCAGUGACAGGACCAUGAUUUGCCAUGCUAUAGUUAGGGAUCACAAGAAAAAAGAGAACAUGUCGUCUGCCCAGCAGCAGACAUUCUACGCUUUCCAUGGCAACAAAAUGUCUUGGCAUUGCCGAGUUUUUUGACGACACACUUGUAGCGAAACGAAAGGCAGUUGCAGGCCUUUUCUUCUGUGAUUGGGUCUACUUUUUUCUGCGAUACCGUGGAAGCGACUCGAAGGCGCACGUGUGGCGGAAGUACACCGGCUCGUCUCCACCAGUUGACGGACCUUAUCCUGCUGAAAAGUACAAUCACACCCAAAGAAAAAAGUUUCUGUUGCCAGUAUUUUCAGUUCGCUCAAAAGCAACGCUGUAUUUCGGUUGACAGAUACUUAGGAGAAAACAAACUCCGAAAAAGUUUGUCUUGCACGAUAUGCAAUGCACAGGUUUAGUAGUGGUGAACAUAACUGCAACCAAAGCUAAUCCUUGUAUUUGUGUAUGAGCGGUGUGCAGCUUUUCGCUGUGAUGAACCAGCUUGGCUUUACAACUACAUCUGGGACAACGACGGCUACCUUGUCCAGCCACAGAACAUGCCUGGAGCAGCACCGCAGACCCUUAUCAGAAGGAAAAAUCCCGCCUCCCCAUAUCGAAAAGAAAAUUUGUGAUGCUGCUUUGUGACCACGAAUCAGCUUUGUCUUGCGUACAAGGCGAUCGGCGGCCAUGUGGCGCAUUAUGCAGCGAGUCUGUCAUGCGGUUUCGCCUAUGUCAGACUUGUUUCGCAUGCUCAGCUGCUAGCCGGAUGUGUACCCGGGGGGGCUUAGAAUAUGCUGACAAGCUCUUGCCGCAAUACAGAGCUCAUUGGUGUACACAAAUCCAGCAUCAACGCAAAUUGUCUUCCAAAUAUGGGGUGGGGGCUUUUUUCACUUGGAUAACGCUGCAGCAAAUUUUUCGGCAUCCGGAAAACCCCGAGACCGAGAGCCUGUUCUUCCUGGGAAUAAAUAACAAGAGGUUCGAGAAAGUUGCCCCAAUGUCGACGGAACAGAAAUACUAUAUCGACGCGAUGGCGCGGGAUUAUCCGGCGGCUGAUUUCUACUGGAUUAUGCAUUGCAAUAUGUCUGGGUCUGGGAACUUGCAAUGCUGGGAUGUGAAUACGAUUGGUGAGCUCUUUGUAAUGCACACGCACAGCCAAGUAUGACGAGAAAUAUAAUUGGGCUUUCCGCACGACAAACUGCGUUUUUGCAUGACAGGCGCCAGGAUCUCUUCUUGGACACGCAUCACUAACUCUGCAGUCAGGGCAGACAAGCAUGACAAACGUUGCCGGUUUCCAGACCCAGACACAUGUGCCCUGGAUAUGUCUGGUAGUGGGUCAUGGAGGGUUUGGGGACUCGUUUCUGGUGGCUUUCGCCCGGAAUUAUCAAACUGAAAAGUACAGCACCGCCAGUUUUCAUCUUUGCCGCAGUUUGUAUACACCACUAGAGCAGAAGUCCGCUUCGAUGCGGCAUCCAUCGUCACAAAUUUUUGCGCCAGUUUUUUUCCCCAUCUGCAGUUGCAGAGCUCAUUUUGCGUUUCGCGACAGCAAAAACGCAUUUUCUGCAUGCCCACCGCGGAAUGCGGCCCAGGUGUUUACUUUUCUGCUUGAUAUCGAUGCGCCGACGACGGAGUGCGCGACCGCGAUCGCACCGAUAAAAGGCGGGUCUGUUGAGUAUAAGAACUUUGAUGUUUUGUUCUUAUUCUACCCAUGUCAAGCACUGAAAAAGCAAAAUUACGUGUUCGCACUUCAUUGCAGGUUUUGUUGCCGCGAUCUAUUUUUUUUAUUUCUCUGAUCAUGAAUACAUCACUACAGGUACCAGCGAGAAUUUGAAGACCUGGCCCGCAAAGGAUACCGUACGUGCAAAAUGUCUUCGCUUAUGCAAGACAAAUGUGUCUGGGUCUAGAAGACUGCAACGUGUCAUGCUGAUGCUAUGUUGCAUGCACGGCCGCAAGCGCUAUUCACUCUCUGCCGCGCAAAGGGCGAGUUUUUCACGUGGAAUAGGUAUCAAAGAGCUGUUGCACAAAUCGAGAAUGUGAUGCAGCUUCCGGUUGCAUUUCGUCUAGAUCAUUUUACAUUUGUGUGUUGCACCAGGUGCAUGACAAAUCUAAGCAACCUCCCAAAUCCAGACACAUUUGCAGGGCAUAUCGGAAGAUCUGGAUAUGGUGAAAAACCUUAUCGAUAACAAGGUUUGGUUUCCGAUCCCGGACGCCAAGUAUCAACGUGGAAGGUUCUCCCAGUCUUACAAUUUCGAAGUGCGUGCCUUGCCAUGAACGAACGCGGCGUGGAAUAAAAAAAUAAAGUGUUUUCACACGACAACCACAAAAGCUAUUUCGAAGUAAGACCCAGGGAUACUUUCCACGAUGAUACAAAAUUGCAAGCCGCUGGGAGAAAGACCCGAAGCGUUUUUUUCACGGUGUCGGGAGGUGAUAGCGAAAAAUAGUAUCAUGUGAAAAAAAAGCUGCUUCAACAUCAUGCGCAAUCGUAGAAUUUUGCACGGCGUUUUGUCCUUAGCGACAAGGACAACCCACAACAGCAUCGCUUUGAUGCAACAAAGAGCCGGCUUUUUCAUUAGUGGAAGAAGGAUUGAAAUUCUACUUUCUUGCAGCCAUUCCACGAAACAAACAAGCUCCAUGUUUGUUCAAGCAUCUGCAUUUGAGAAACGGAAAGACGUAUCUGCCAACGGUAAACCAGUUUGUUGCACCAAUGCACCCCGCAUUUUCAUCGUGAAGCAGAUGGUUUUUUUCACUUUGAUAAACCCCAAAUGAUCUUUCGGAUGAUUAUGGGACUAUCCCACAGAAAAGUACACUCAGGCAUUAUUUGGAAAAAUUUGUCGGCAGCCUUUAGCUUGACCUGACAAAUCAUCCCCUUCCCAUCAAAAAAGAGAUGACGUGACGUUUCGAUCACCGAAAACAGAGAAAGCGCAUGACAAGUUUGUAGAUAUGCGAAUUCGAAUAUCGAAAGCCUGUACUUUUCGGUGUGAUACGUGUUGCCCACCCCCAACGGCCUCACAGCAACCGUCUGCGAAAAACUUAUCAAAUAGAAGUGCCCAUCUACUUCUGAAUACAACAAGGCAUUUUCUGUUUUGUGGCUUUACCAUAGUCACAAAACUUCAGCAAUUUUGCGUCAUGUGAAAGCAUACGCUCUUUGUACUGCGGAUAAGCACUUACGAAAGAUAUCUGACAAAUCUGUCGCGCCUUUCGGCCAAAAAGCGCUGCUCCCUUGUGACACUAAGCACAACUUGAACUUCUGCAGCGAGAGAUUUUGACCAAUUGCAUGAAAUAGAUGUGCCUUUCUCUUUGAUACUGGAGUUUUUUUGUCCGAGGGGGGGCGACAGGUGGAGGUACGAGAAGGAUCUCCAAACUAUGCAUUGCAAAUAUGUCUGGAUCUGGAAAGGAUGGGAUUUGUCAUACUAAUUUUUUCAUGCUAGUACAAGAAAUACAAAAGCCUGUAUUGCAUGAGCAUCAAAUAGCGCAAACCCGAAGGGGGUAUUUGUCAUGCAGGAUAGAAUGAGCAAGCCUUGGCGAGCGGCGUGAAGACGCUAGAGCACGCAUUACGGGCAACGCGGUUCAUGUACAAUUACGCAUGACAAACUUCCCCAAUAUUCCAGAUCCAGACCUAUUUGCUAUGGAUACCAACUACAGUGAAGCACCCACAGUAGAGGCGGAUCGAUCGUAACCUUCACAUCAGUACCAACAGGAAAAUAAUACACACAGUAAUUGUAGCAACAAAUCUUCAACAUCAACAUCUUCCCUUUCAACCAUCGAAUCUACUUCAUUUCAAGCGUCUUCUGUGCCAACAUGACGAGUUGCGGAAUAAGUGAACGAAAAGUAAACUUUGUAAUGCCCAUCAUCAUCCGUUCGCGGUUCCGGGUUCCGGAGAAGCAGUAAGCCGCAACUAUCAAAUGCAAAAAUAUCUGGGUCUGGAAGGAUGCGAACUUGUGAUGCGUGUCGCGGAUCAACAUACAAAAAUCUGUGUUGCAGGACUUGCAGAAGGUUCCCAUUUCUAGCCAUGCCGAGGGGGCAUUUCUCAUGCAAAAUAGGCAUCACCAAGGGGCUGCAGAACCUGUGAUGCUAGGCCCUGCAUUCCAGACUUGGCGGAGCUUGGAAAAACUGCAUGACAAAUCUCAGAAUCUUCCAGACCUAGACAUUUUUACAUUUGAUAGCAACAGCUCGUGUACAACACGGUCUGAACAAGUUCGUCGGGCACAAGCGUCAAACACAAUAGGAGUGCACCGAGCGGCGUGAUACCGCUGUCCAAACCAGAUGUGGUGAAGACGUGGUAAGAUGAUUAUAUAUUCUUUUUUGUUUCAAGCGAAACAGUUCUCAUGCACGCAAUGGCAUGGAUACUUUUACUUCACCGAAAUCGCAUGGCAUGAAUAAUUUACGAAGGAUUUGUUCUAACAGAACGAAAAAUAAAAAUCAUCAGGUUCUUAGGUGGCGCGUCGUCGUCGAUUCGUCGCUAGUCAUCUGGAGGUCAAGCAGCUCCGCCGUCCAUAUGCAUUGCAAAAAUGUCUGGGCCGGAAAGAGGUCGAGUUUGCCAUGCUAAGUCGGAGCGGUGACGCAAAUGUGCAGGACGAUGUUAUUUCUCAUGAAGGAGGAUGGCAUUUCUCAUGCAAGAUGGGUGUUACGAAGCCCUCGCAGAAGCUGUGAAAUAAACGUUACACCUCCCAUUCCAGACCUCGUGGGCCAGAGCUGUGCGGAACCUGCAUGACAAACAUUGCAUCCUUACGACUUCAGAUGACUGCUCAGACAUAUCUGCAAUGCAUAGUCCACACUCUGGUGCUACUCAAACCUGUCUUCGCUUCUCGUAGGUGACGACUCUUUCAAAUCCAGGUGCUUCAUGCUGUGUACGAGCAGGCCGUGAAAGCCGAACUUGUGCUCUGUAGCUCGCUUAAAUGUGAGUCUGCAGCCGGCAGAGCAGGAAGCUUCGUGCUCGCUAAUGGUCGAAGAUGAUGAAGAAGUCAAAAUGCUUUACUACUGAAUCCUUUUCCAAGUUUCUUUUCAUAUUUGGCGGUUUUGUGGUUGCGCAAAACAAAGUCGUUGAGCUGAUCAAUGGUAUAAGAAAUCACGAGUACUAAAGACGGGACAAGAAUCAAGAAACAAAAAGUAAAUAAUCCAGUGUCUUGGCUACAUGUUCAGUAGUUUUAAAAUUCUUCUUUACGGUUGUACUGUCUUGUUAGAUUUUUUUACACGUUUUUUUAUUGAAACAAUGGCGAUGGCCACCGCAACACUAGUAAAGUGACUUCGAGUCAAGGACGAUCCGGUGCGAAAUGACGAUAUUUACAAAUCAGAAAACUUUUCAACCUUUCCGAAUCCGUGCAACUGGACUCACGGAUGUAGAUUAGGCGAAAACUUCAUUUAUGAAUUUGAUUCACGAGGCGAACAUUAUUUUUUGAUACAGCUGGUUUUCAUGGAGCCCGCCCUUCAACACCAGUGGUUGUCGUUUGUCUUUUCACCAACAAAAAAUAAUCAACCAGUGCAAGAUAAUAUAUAGUACAGCACAAAGUCUUUACUGUGACGACAGAUACGGGGAUUUGUGAUGCAAAACCUUCACCAACAUCACUCAGGUUUCGAAAAAUAAAGGUACAAAAAUUUUACACUUUUACGUUGCUUACACCGAGCAUGAACAAACAAAAAUAGAGUGCACGUGAAGAAUUUGAAUUCAGCUUCAUUCAACCGUCAGUAAGCACACUACCGUCGUCCUCCUACUGAGGUCGACGGUGUAUUUUUUUAUACACACCUGUAGUGCGACGACAAAAUCCAAAAAUAAUAAACACUUUUUUCGCUUUUACUUGUUUCGACUAGUAGUUCGAAAGUCGUGUCUACACCACACGACGUGCCCCCCUCUCGUGCAAGGAUCAAAGCAUCCAGUCGCGUUUGUUGGGCACCGUUGAUUCACCUUUCAAUUGCGAAGCUCGAAUUUGACCUUUCUUUCUCGCGCAUCUACAGGAAAAUACGGGGAGUCGAGUGCCGCUUUGCAUAUCAGUAUCAUGUGCUUCCUACGAAUAAUUGUUGUGGCGAACACCACGACCUUCACUAGGUGGCUGAUUAAAAAAAAUAGAUGCUGCAAGGGCGGCACAGAAGCCAUCUUGUCUAUGGGUUGUACCUGUGAAAGCCAGUGCAACAACCAUGUCAGUUGCAUCCUCGGUCUUCAUCGAUAAGUACUCCUAGCCACGGCUUUGCAAAAGUUUCUCUAUCGUAGAACCAUCCCCUCAACGAAGAUUUGUUGUCUCCCACAACUAUAGUCUCAGCGCCGCCUGCAGGACGCGUUCUCGCCAUCGCGAAUGCAAGCACAGACACUAAAAAUCCGCAGCUUCUACGCGCUCGUUUUGUAGGCCUAGUUUUGGUAUAGAUAUCGGAUAUUGUUUGCAAAUCGUAUCAAGGCAAUUCGUUUGUGAAACGUAAAAGGGAAAGUAAGUAGCUCAUGUAGUAGAUCCGAUAUGGAGUCGCACCAGUUAUUGUUAUUCUCUUGAGAAAAAUAAAACAGCCAUGGCAUAAUCUACUCCUAUGAUGCGCACGAGGCUGUAUUGUUGUACACCCUUCGUGCGUCGGCAGAAUUAGAAGAAAAAAUGCGUAGGGAAAUGUUGAUAUAUUGGCACGGAGUUCAUGCUCAAAGAAAACGUCUUUUGGGGCUAAAACGCAUCUCCGCGGCACAUGAAAAACAUCAUCAUCUUCUCGUAUCCAAAAUGAUCUAGCGAAG